AAGUGCCUCUAACUAGGAAAACAAGAGCAUCACACUGCGCGACCCUCAGUCGGGUGCGCGCUAUGCGGGCGGCAGCAAGGUGAAGGCAGCCGUGGCGAGCAUGCCGCACCAGUUCGGCGGGGCGGGCGCGGGCGCGGGUGCGCUGGCCGGCGGCGCCUCGCCGCCUGCGCAGCACGCGGCGCUAUUCCCGCGCUAUGGCGGCGCAGCAGGACCUGGCGCCGGUGCCUACCGUCCAGAAGAACGUCGUCUUACUCGUGAAGCCAUGGAGCGCUAUCUACGCGAUCGCUCUGACAUGGUCGUAGUCAUUCUACACGCGAAGGUGGCUCAGAAAUCUUAUGGAAAUGAAAAAAGAUUCUUCUGUCCGCCACCAUGUAUCUAUCUAUUUGGAGAUGGUUGGCGACUUCGGCGCGAGCGCAUGCUUCGAGAGGGAGAGACUGAGCAGGCAGCACAGCUGUGUGCAUUUAUUGGUAUUGGUAACUCAGACCAGGACAUGCAGCAGCUAGACCUCAACAAUGGCAAGCAGUAUUGUGCCGCUAAGACUCUGUACAUAUCUGACUCUGAUAAAAGAAAGCAUUUUAUGCUGUCAGUGAAGAUGUUCUAUGGUAAUGGGCAUGACAUUGGUAUUUUCAAUAGUAAGAGGAUAAAAGUGAUAUCAAAGCCUUCAAAAAAGAAGCAAUCACUAAAGAAUGCAGAUUUGUGUAUUGCAAGUGGAACAAAGGUAGCUCUGUUUAAUAGGUUGAGGUCACAGACUGUAUCAACACGGUACCUGCAUGUGGAGAAUGGUAACUUCCAUGCAUCCUCCACACAGUGGGGAGCAUUCACAAUACACCUGCUGGAUGACAAUGAGAGUGAAUCUGAAGAGUUUGCUGUGAGAGAUGGAUAUGUUCACUACGGUUCAACAGUGAAACUAGUAUGCUCUGUUACAGGCAUGGCUCUACCCAGAUUAAUAAUUAGAAAGGUGGACAAGCAAAUGGCCUUAUUAGAAGCUGAUGAUCCAGUAUCCCAACUUCACAAGUGUGCAUUUUACAUGAAGGAUACGGAACGCAUGUAUUUGUGCCUAUCACAAGAGAGAAUAAUACAAUUUCAAGCCACACCAUGUCCGAAGGAACCUAAUAAGGAGAUGAUCAAUGAUGGAGCUUGUUGGACUAUUAUAUCUACUGAUAAAGCCGAAUACCAAUUUUAUGAAGGCAUGGGACCUGUAAGGUCUCCUGUAACUCCGGUGCCGCUAGUCCACUCGCUAAAUCUCAAUGGUGGCGGUGACGUGGCGAUGCUAGAGUUGGCUGGUGAUAACUUCACACCGUCACUGCAAGUGUGGUUCGGUGACGUGGAGGCUGAGACGAUGUACCGCUGUGCAGAGUCCAUGUUAUGUGUCGUCCCUGACAUCUCACAGUUCAGGGGACAAUGGCUCUGGGUGCGACAGCCGACACAGGUACCGGUGUCGCUGGUGAGGAACGACGGCAUAAUAUACGCGACGGGGCUGACGUUCACGUACACGCCGGAGCCGGGCCCGCGGCCCGUGUGCGCGCCCGUGGACGACGUGAUGCGGCCCGACACGGCGCCCGGCUGGCACCACGACCACGCCGCGCACCGCCUGCCCGACAACACGCUGCAAUAG